AUGGGAGUUUUCAAUUUGGUAUCAUUAGCGUUAUUCGCUAUAGGAUCUUUUGCUGUACACGAACCGAAGUCAACAAAGGAGAUAUUUAGUGUUGGAGGAAAGAAAUGGGUAGUUUUGGUAGCUGGUUCAGAUGGAUGGAGCAAUUACAGACAUCAGGCGGACAUAUGUCAUGCAUACCAAAUAGUUAAAGAAAACGGAAUACCAGCAGAAAACAUCAUAACAAUGAUGGUGGAUGACAUUGCGUACAAUUCAAGGAAUCCAACGCCAGGAAAAAUCAUUAACAAGCCCAACGGCAAUGACGUUUACCAAGGAGUUAAAAUCGACUACAAAGGAGAAGAUGUGAACAAAUCAAAUUUCCUGAAAAUUAUCACUGGUGACCAAGCAGGCAUGCGAUCCAUUGGAUCUGGCAGAGUUGUUCUAGGAGGUCCGCUCGAUAGAAUUUUCAUUAAUUUUGUCGAUCACGGUACGACUGGAAUAUUAGGUUUCCCGGAUGAUUAUUUGUAUGCUGAUGAACUAAACGAUGCGUUUAAAACUAUGAAUGAAAAUGGAUCUUAUAACAAGAUAUUGUUGUACAUUGAAGCGUGUAAAGCUGGAUCUAUGUUUGAUGGAAUACUUAGUGAAGACACAAACAUUUUUGCAGUAACCGCGUCUGGACCUAGAGAAAGUUCAUACGGUUGCUACUGCAAAUCUGAAUCUGGGCCGUACAAGACCUGUCUUGGAGAUCUGUUCAGUGUCAAGUGGAUGGAAGAUUUAGAAAUGCCAAGGUCCAAACAGUCUGCAAGAAAACGAACCGUUUUCAACGACUUCAUGGUAGCCAGAGUGAACGUCACCAAAAGUAAUGUCAUGAUUUACGGAGAUUUGGAGACGGGAAGCGAAAAACUAUCCUCGUUUAUCGGUUAUACUGGAAAUGGAGCUGACUCACCGAAUGUGCAACAGUCUAACGAUUUAAACAUAAAAAACACAGCAUCCAGUCGAGAUGUGCAUGAAAGCAACGUACAAUAUGAAUUGGCCUAUGAUAAGUUGUCACUUCCAGAAACGCUCAAAUUGUCAGCGGAAUUACGUCAAAAUAACAAGAUGAGAUCUGUCAUAGACUCUGUACUUCGGAACAUUUACUCGGAGGUCGUGAAGGCGAGACCGGACGUCAAGAGCGAAAUCGGUGACUACGACGAACCCAACUACAUCAAACUGAAUUUAGCCAUGUUCCCGUGUUACAGAAACAUUUUGAAUCAAAUCACCGAGAGCUGCUUUUCUUUACCAAGGAAUCCCUACGUGUUGGAUCACUUAACGAUUUUCGCUAACCUGUGUGUCGUCGACAAUAAAAUCCACCAGAUGGUCAGCAGUAUUGUCACUAAAUCAUGUUCAAAUAUACCAGCAAACAUAAUAAACGUACAAUAA